UUUAUUCAGAAUUACCUGUAAUUUCUCAAUCAUCCGCUUCAACUAUUGAAACUUACUCCGAUAAAGAAAAUUAUAUAGGCUCUGUGGAUCCAAAUCUGGUACAAAAUGGUAUUUCUUUUGAAACGGAUCUUGACAAUACCCCUAAACAGGUAGUGAAUAUCACUUCUGUUACAUCUAAUCUCAGCGAAAUUGAGAAAAGCUCAGAAUCUGCGUCAUCUAUCUGCACAGAAACUAAAUUAUUGGAGGAUAGGGAGGUUGAUGAAUUUCUGGAUUCAACGUAUAAGGAAAAGAUUAGUAACGAAAUAAGAGAAAGAAAUCGGGAAAAGAAGUUCAGAUCUCAAGACCUAUCUUCAGAUAAUAUUUCGCAAUCUAAUAAAAACAAAGUACAGAAAUUUAUGUUAGAAGUUUCUGAAAACUCUAGUCCACAAUUACAAUAUACCGAUUCUAUUAUCUCCGAAGGAGGCACAGCUAAUUGUAAUGUAGAUAGGGACGUGACUUCUAUUGCAGAGCAAUGGCCUAAAGAGCCUACAACCCCAAAUGAAACAAAAUUUCAACCUAGCAAUACUAACUUUACACUUUUAUAUGAAAAACUUUGUGAUGCUAUAAUUCUUGCUGAUCGUAAAACCCAAGAAGCUAUCAUGUGUUAUUGCCUAUUUGGAAAGGCUCUUAUUCAAAGACGUAAUGAAAUAGCAUCGGAAAAACAAGUUGAUCCAGAAUCCAAUACUGUUAGUAGAAUUUUAAAUAAAGAAGUGAAAGCACAGUUACCCGCAGACACUUCUGAUAGCCUUUUACGUAAGAGAAUCGAAAAAGCAAAGAAGCUUUAUAAACUUUUUGAUGCAAUAGGUAUGGAUAAAAUUUAUCGCAUUCAUUCCUUUUCUGCCGACAGCAUAUCUAAAUUAACAAAGAAAGAAAUUCAGUAUAUUAUAGAUAAUGUAUCCUUUGAUUAUAGCAUUGGUGUGAACCUGCCUCCAGCUGAGUUACAGGAUGAGAAAAAUUCUGUAUUAACACACACCCAACUUUGUGAACCAAGUUCACGAAGUGAUCGGCAAAAUUCUUGCGAUACGGAAAAUAAAGAUUCAGGAACCAAGGUAAGUACUGUAAUCGCCCCCUCUAUCCAGUCAUUGCAUACCUCUAGUCACGAAGUGACUGCCUCUGGCAAUUCAGAAGAUGCGAUAAAUGAAGAC